AUGGACAGUGCCAUCACCCUGUGGCAGUUCCUCCUCCAGCUGCUGCAAGAGCCCCAGAACAAGCACAUCAUCUGCUGGACCUCCAGCGACGGGGAGUUCAAGCUGCUGCAGGCAGAGGAGGUGGCCAGGCUCUGGGGGAUCCGCAAGAACAAGCCCAGCAUGAACUAUGACAAACUCAGCCGGGCGCUGCGCUACUACUACGUGAAGAACAUCAUCAAGAAGGUGAACGGGAAGAAAUUUGUGUACAAAUUCGUGUCCUACCCCGAGAUCCUGAACAUGGACCUUGUGGUGGGCAGGAUGGAGGGGGACCCCGAGAUGCCCGGCUUUGAGGCCACCAGCACCCCCAAGGAGGCGGAGAGCUGCGGCAAGGAGAAAUCCCAAUCCUGCGCGAAGUCCUCGAGCCGCAACGACUACAUCCACUCAGGCCUGUACUCCUCCUUCACCCUCAACUCCCUCAACUCCUCCGGCGUGAAGCUCUUCAGGUCCAUCAAGAUCGAGAACCCGGCCGAGAAGCUGGCGGAGAAGAAACCUCAGGACGCCGCCCCUUCCGUCAAGUUUGUCACCGUGCCCUCCAAGAAGCCGCCCUCCGCCCCGCCGGUGUCCGCCGCCUCAGCCGCGGCCCUCAGCUCCGCGGCCCCCCGCCGCCCCCGCCGCCGCCUCUCCUCGCUGCCGCUGGGCUCCGAGGACACCCUGCACGCCCUGGAGACUCUGGUGCUGCCCAAGCUGAGCGUCCCCGAGGCUCCUCCGGCCCCUCUGCCCAACCUGAGCGCCAGCUACGCCCCCACGCCCCCCGUUGCCUCAGUUUCCCCCGCGCUCCAGGUGCCCCCCACGCCGCCCUCGCCGCCGCUGAGCUCCAACCCCGAGCUGGACGUGGACACGGACAUGGAGUCCGUGAGCUCGCAGCAGCUGGAGCAGCCCCAGAGCCUGCAGCCGCCGUCCCCGGAGCCCGGGGAGCAGCAGGACUCGGCCGGGCUGGAGAAGGAGAUCGCCAACCACCUCUCCAGAGCCAAGAAACCCAAAGGGCUGGAGCUGGCCCCCACCCUGGUCAUCACCGGCAGCGACCCCAGCCCCCUGGGCAUCCUCAGCCCUUCCCUCCCCACUGCCUCCCUGACUCCUGCACUUUUCUCUCAGACCCCCAUCCUGCUGACCCCCAGCCCGCUGCUCUCCAGCAUCCACUUCUGGAGCACCCUGAGCCCCGUGGCGCCGCUGAGCCCCGCGCGCCUGCAGGGCGCCAACACCCUCUUCCAGUUUCCAUCCGUGCUGAACAGUCACGGCCCCUUUACCCUGUCUGGACUGGACGGCCCCUCCACGCCCGGCCCCUUUUCGCCAGACCUGCAGAAGACAUAG